AUGAGUCACCGCAAGUUCGAGGCUCCCCGACACGGCUCCCUGGCUUUCUUGCCCAGGAAGCGUGCCGCCCGUCACCGUGGCAAGGUCAAGUCCUUCCCCAAGGAUGACCCCAAGAAGCCUGUGCACCUGACCGCCGCCAUGGGCUACAAGGCCGGUAUGACCACGAUCGUUCGUGACCUCGACCGACCUGGCGCGAAGGCCAACAAGAAGGAGGUCGUGGAGGCCGUCACGGUCGUCGAUACACCACCAAUGAUCGUUGUUGGUCUCGUUGGUUACAUCGAAACCCCCCGCGGCCUGCGCUCCCUCACCACCGUGUGGGCUGAGCACUUGUCCGACGAGGUCAAGCGCCGCUUCUACAAGAACUGGUACAAGAGCAAGAAGAAGGCGUUCACCAAGUACGCCAAGAAGCACAGCGAGUCGAGCGGCGCCAGCAUCACCCGCGAGCUCGAGCGCAUCAAGAAGUACUGCACCGUCGUGCGCGUUCUCGCCCACACCCAGAUCCGCAAGACGCCCCUCAAGCAGAAGAAGGCCCACCUCAUGGAGAUCCAGAUCAACGGCGGCAGCGUCGCCGACAAGGUCUCCUUUGGCCAGGACCUCUUCGAGAAGCCCGUCUCCAUUGACACCAUCUUUGAGCAGGACGAGAUGAUCGACGUCAUUGCCGUCACCAAGGGCCACGGCUUCAACGGCGUCACUGCCCGCUGGGGCACCAAGAAGCUUCCCCGAAAGACGCACAAGGGUCUGCGAAAGGUUGCUUGUAUCGGUGCCUGGCAUCCUUCCCACGUCCAGUGGACUGUUGCCCGUGCUGGUCAGAUGGGAUACCACCACCGUACCUCGGUCAACCACAAGGUUUACCGCAUUGGCAAGGGUGACGCCGAGGACAGCGCCUCGACCGAGGUUGACGUGACCAAGAAGAAGAUUACUCCUCUUGGUGGCUUCGUCCGCUAUGGUGAGGUCAACAACGACUUCGUCAUGCUCAAGGGCUCCAUCCCUGGUGUCAAGAAGCGUGUCAUGACUCUCCGCAAGUCCAUGUUCACCCACACCUCCCGCCGUGCUCUCGAGAAGAUCAACCUCAAAUGGAUCGAUACCUCCUCCGAGUUUGGUCACGGUGCUUUCCAGACCCCCGCAGAGAAGAAGCAGUAUCAGGGUACCCUCAAGAAGGAUCUGGCCUCCGCAUAA